AUGCCUGCCGGGACCAACUCCCAGACGGGGCCGCCGGACAAAAGGACAACCGCCUACGAAAACAUCUUCGGACGGCCGACAGCCAAGCCGAAGGGGCCUGUCAGUCAACCUGGACCAUCGCAGCAACAACAUCAAUUAUGGCAACAACAGCAGCAACAGCAGCAGGCUGCCCUGUACGCUCAGCAGCAGGGUCAGCACAGGUGGAAUGGAGGUCCUUCGCAUCCCACAUAUGCACCCUACGGCGGUGGGGCUAAUGUAGGAGGGCCCGGUGCAAUGGGCGGGAUGUACCAGCCCAGCAGUAACAAUCACUCAUACGACCAUCCUGACCGCCGCACAAGCGUCACGCCAUCUCUCAUUUCUCGGACUUCAACUUCUUCUGCCUACCCCUCAACUAUUCAGAGCGGCACGAGCGCUGCCGACUUCUACGCCCCCCAGGAGGACUCGACGCCCGCCAGUGCUUACGCGCACUACUAUUCCAAUGGUUCUAGCACAAGAAAUGAAGCUCCCAGUGUGGCAAGUACCUCUUCCUCAGGGCCUCACUACCCAGUACGCCAGGCCCCGACGACAGGCUACCAGUCCUCUGGACAGAUUCCUCGGUACCCUCAGCAGCAAGCGGAGCAGAUGUACAACAAUCAAGGACCAUAUGAGCCACAAGGGGGCGGUCGCCAACAACGCAGCAGCUCCUCUUCCCAUGCCACCGAUAAUUCCUAUGGUCGAGAUCCUAGGCCCAAUGUAGUGAGGGCACCUAGCGUAGCGAGCUCUGUGUUCUCGUCAGCGCCUGGCUCUUCUUUCGGCGGAUCGCCGACUAUCGAGCCCCCUCGGUUGCCUAAUAUAGACGUGCAGGAAGGGGUCGGCAGCCCGGGCGAGGGAAACUGGUUCAAAGGGCUGAGCUUGGAAGGGAGUCCAGCAAGGUCAACGCGAAACUCAUUGUCGCCUCAGAAGCCCGGCGAGCUCAGUCUCAGGUUACCGGAAGGCGGCAACGGUGCAGGUCACCAUUCAGGCGAGGAGGACACGUUUGCCACCCCGAGCGCGAAAGAUGUGCCUGAUCCCUUUUCGAAUGAGUUCCAAACAUUUCAGCACGAAACGGCUCAGCGGGAAGCUGCCUUGCCGGGGCAACACGUCAACGCUCUGUCGUCCGGAGCGUCUUCGAUGUACGACGGAAAGUCGUAUAGCAGCGGCGCAGGCAAUCUUCGGCGGAAGGAGUCUUUCGAGUCUGACCGGAGAUCAAUUGCCGCCUCAGUUUACACUCUUCCUGGCGGAGUCGGCAAUGGCUCACAAAACAACUUCUACCAGGGAGGGGGACCAAGUGCGGGCAGUAGUACCUCGAAUCUGCGAUACCCUGGCGGCGGCUUCACGCCUGUGAACAAUGGAGGAACUGCGGACAUGUGGCAGCGUGCUCCUCGACAUCGCACUCACUCCUCGGCUACACAAGCCGCUCAAGCCGCGUAUUCACCCAGCAUGGUUGAUGGGACGGUCACGCGGUCCGAUCAAUGCUCACUCUCCUUUGGCAACGGCCAGGCCCGCCCUGUGUUUGCUGGUGCACCAAGCUCUCAUCACUCCAGCUUUGGCAGUGCGAACGUCCCAGCGGUUCCACCUAGUCAUCGCAGAGGUCCGAUCGUCUACCCAGCCUUACUAUCGCGCGUGGCAGAAGCCUUCAAGCUCCGAGUGACGAUAGCCGAGCGUGUCAAAGAUGGUCUCACAUAUAAGGAUGCCUUCGAUGGAAGAGAGGCCGUCGCUCGCAUUGCUUUCAUCAUCAAGACGACAGACCGGAAUCUUGCCUUGCUUCUUGGUCGUGCUCUCGAUGCCCAGAAGUUCUUCCAUGAUGUCACGUACGACCAUCGGCUGAGAGACUCGCCUGGGGAGCUCUAUCAAUUCAGGACCCGCUUGGCCACUCCUUUCGGUGCGGAGCAGGCCGGUGACCAUUUUGUCGAUGCUUCUGCUCAAUUGCAGAUUCCUGCGACAGCCCACCGGGAAAACUCGACGAAAAGCCUGCCAGAGUCUACCGCCUCUUCUGUCCGAGCGACUAGUCCCUCGGCAGGCGGCGUGAUGGGAAACGAAGCCGGCGAAGUCUUGGAUGAUGCAGAUGACGAGGAAGCCUUGCCGACGGGUGUCUUCACCUUGUUGACCGACUGUUAUAGUCCUACCUGCACACGGGAUCGUCUAUGCUACAGCAUCGCUUGUCCUCGACGACUGGAACAGCAAGCUCGCCUCAACCUCAAACCUCAAACCGUGUUACAGCGAUCUCUGAGCAGAGAGAGUCUGGGUGAUGUGAAAGAGCCUGGAGCAUUAUGGGCUGAGUCUGUCUCUAAGGAGAUCUUCGACAACACAUCCGAGCAGGAGCGCAAGCGCCAAGAACUCCUCAACGAGGCCAUCUAUACGGAGCGCGACUUCGUCAGAGAUUUGGAGUAUCUGCGAGACUCCUGGAUAAAGCCACUGAGGACAAGAGACAUCAUCCCAGAGGCAAGGCGAGACGACUUCAUCACGCAAGUCUUUUGGAACGUCCUCGAGGUUCACGCUGUGAACUCAAGAUUGGCCGAGCUACUUACCAAGCGACAAAAGCAUUCUGCCCUAGUCGACCGAGUCGGAGACAUCUUCCUCGAGAUGGUACCUCACUUUCAACCUUUCGUGAAAUACGGAGCUCAUCAGCUUUACGGAAAGUACGAGUUUGAGAAGGAGAAAGCCUCGAACCCCGUGUUUGCGGCAUUUGUGUAUGAAACCGAGAGGCUCCCUGAGUCGCGCAAGCUGGAACUCAAUGGCUAUCUCACGAAGCCGACGACUAGACUGGCAAGAUACCCUCUGUUAUUUGAGGCGAUCUUGAAGGCCACCCCUGAGACCAAUCCGGACAAGCAAGCCCUACCAAAGGCGACAAAGCUUAUCAAAGAUUUCCUUAACAAGGUGAACGUCGAGACAGGUAAGAGCGAGAAUCGCUUCAAUCUCGCACAGCUCGAUCAACAGCUUGUCUUCAAGCAGGGAGAGGCUGUCGAUCUUCGUCUUCGCGAUGAUCAGCGAGAACUCGUCUUCAAAGGACCAUUGAAGAAGCGAGGUGGCACACAAAGCGAAAGCGCAGAGCUCCAAGCUUUCCUCUUCGACCAUGCCCUUCUCAUGGUCAAGGCCAAGACCGUGAAUAAGAAUGAGCUCUACAAGGUCUUCCGCAAACCGAUCCCUCUCGAGCUACUCAUCGUCACUGUUUACGACGAAGUCCCGACGGGCAAAGGGAGCGCCACUCGACCGAAGUCGAUCAUGUCGAAGACCUCGACAGGGAACCGAUUGAGCGGAGGAGUGCCGCAAGGAUCCGCACCCAAGCAAGAUGCGAAGACAGGCUAUGCCCUCACUUUCACCUAUCUUGGUCGGAAGGGCUAUACAUUGACACUCUGGGCGAGCACCUUUGUCGGUCGUCGCAAGUGGUUCGAGCAUAUCGAGACACGUCAGGAGAUCCUGCGUGAACGCUCGAACAUCUUCGACACCAUCACCCUGUCGGAGAACUUCUUCGUUGGUCUGAACAAGGUCAACUGCUCUGUGCCCUUUGACUUUGGCCGAAGAAUCAUCUAUGGAACAGAGGACGGAGUCUAUCUAUCUGAUCUUAGAGAAAAGGCGCGACCACCCACAAAAGUUCUUCCAUUGCCCGGCGUGACCCAGAUCGAUGUUCUGGAAGAGUAUCAGAUCCUGAUUAUUCUAGCUGAGCGCUCUGUGCAUACAUUUACCCUCGAUGCGCUGGAUCCAGCAGACCCUAUGGGCUCUCUCAAGCGGGGUAGAAGGAUAUCAUCGCAUACGUCCUUCUUCAAGGCGGGCCAGUGCCUGGGACGAACCCUCGUCUGCGUCGUCAAGUCCUCGUCACUGUCGUCGACCAUCAAGACACUGGAACCAAUCGAACAAAAUGUGCGAGGCAAGAAACAGCCUACCUUCAGAAAGCUUCUUCAAGGUGGACAAGAGACUUUGCGAGUUUUCAAGGAGUUCUACAUUCCGACCGAAUCGCAUUCAAUCCAUUUCCUCAAGUCCAAGCUCUGUGUGGGCUGUACAAAGGGAUUCGAGAUUGUCGACCUGGAGACGCUAGACACCCAAGGUCUGCUCGAUCCUGCAGAUUCUUCGCUGGACUUUGUGCAUCGUAAAGAGACCGUCAAGCCCAUUGCGAUCUAUCGAAUCGAUGGAGAAUUCUUGCUUUGCUAUGACGAAUUUGCAUUCUACGUCAACAAGAAUGGUUGGCGGGCCAAAGGCAAUUGGAUCAUCCACUGGGAGGGUAAUCCCAGCUCCUUCGCCUACCACCACCCCUACGUGCUGGCAUUCGAGCCAAGUUUCAUCGAGGUGCGCCACGUCGAGACUGGAGCCCUGCAUCAAGUCAUCACUGGAUACAAUCUUCGAUGCCUCUUUGCAGACGUUCCACCUCCCAUUCCUCGCAGCGCAGCAGACUCGGCAGCGGCACAAGCAGCGGCAUUGGCGCAAGCGCAAGCGCAGGCCAUGAACCCGUAUGUACGUCCAGGUCUGCCACCUGGCCACAUGCCACCUCGUCCACCUUACCCAAUGGCCGGCGCCGGCAGCUUCAGUGGACACUACCCAGGUAUGCCUGCGCCGCCUCCGGUGCCAAUUGGCUACGGACCUCAGGGGCAGGUCAUCUACCGUCCGCAGCCGCCGUAUCCGCCUGCCAUUCCACCUCAACAGGUGUCUGCCGUGGUACCACGGCCACCUCCUCGCAAUCCAGUGUGGGAGUCUGUUGCUGUUAGUAGGGGUCAAAUCGUCUUCAUUGGCGACACGUCCGUCUUUGCUGUCAGAUUGGCCAACGGUCCAGGCGCAAGUGGUGCAUCUGGUGGGGUACAGAAUGCCCUGUCGCCUGCGUUGCGGUAA